AUGUAGUAUUAAUUGUUAAUUGAGUUUAUAAAUUUCGAUUACAAAACUUUGAUAUUAUUUAAGGCUAUUACUUAUAGACUUUUUAAUAUUUUAUAUUUGAAUUAAUAUUUCUAGUCAAAGAUAUACUCAAUUGCUUACUACCAAAGUGUAAAUAAUGUUUCUUAUAAAUAUAACCAUCAAUAUUUUUGGCUGAGCAUUUUAUUUAAUAAUUUAAAUUCUUGUUUAUAAAUAUUAUUAUUGAACAAAAAAAAGACUUUAAGUUAUUUUAAAAAGCAUAUAUUUUUUAAUAUUAUACUACUNAAGAAGAUUUAAAUAACUAAUAUUUUCAAAAAUCUAAUCCAAGAUUCUGAUUAAGAAAAAAAUGAAAGCCCAUUAAAUUAAACUGUACCUAUUAAAACAAACAAAUAAAAAAGCAUUUUUAGAAUUAUGGCUGAUCGAAAACAAAAUAAAAGAAAAGUUGGUCUAAAAAGCCAUUCUUGUGAAAAUAUUAAUUAAUUAAUAGUUCUCUAAAAUGAAGAGUAUGGGGAACUGCCUUUCGAUUUUUUAAAUGAAGUUAUUUUGUAAAUUCAUGAUGAUAUGUUUUAAGAUAUUGAUGAACAUCCUGUGAGUUAAUAAAAGCAUUCUAUAUUCAUCCCUGAAAAUAGUGAAAUAAUAAAUAGGGAAUCAUCUUUUAGAUUCAAUUCAUUAUAGUAUUAUUAAUAAUUAUAUUUAAGUGGAUUUGACAGUCCUAUGAAUAGGCUUAAUCAAUCAAAUAAUGGAAGUCCAAAGUAAUAUCGAAGAAAAAUAUCUGAUUUCACAAGUUUAGCUGACAAAAAGGCUAUUAUUAAUUUAAAAAGUGCGUAUAUUCCUCCUUUAUUUCUGCAUGAAAGUGGUUUUAAAAGUAUUACAGAAAAAUCUAACAGUAAAUUCAAAAACUCAUACAAAAAAUAGGAAAUUGAUGAAAUGCAUUAGAAAACUAAACCUAGAAUACCGCAUUAAUUUGUUAAUUAUAACAAUAACCUUAAAGAUAUAGAUAGUGGUAUAAAAAAAAAUGAAUUCCAAAAAAAAUACUUUAGAUCCUCGUUUGUUGACUUUUAUUCUCCUCAUCAAAUAUACUUAAACAUUCAAGAUUAAUGUUCUUGUAGUGAGUGUCUAAAACUUUAAUAUUGA